AUGCCUUCAAGAAAUUCUAAUUUAAAACGAUCUGAACGUGCUAGAGCUUUCCGUUUUGAAAGAAGAACUGAACAUCUUCGUGAACAACUUGCUUGCCUUCGGUUUUCUCUUCAUUUAGAAGAACAAAAGAAACUUCUUGCUGAUGAACUUUUAGAAGUUCAUCAAGAUUCACAAGAACUUC